AUGGCAGAAGAAGAAGGAAGCAACUCAAAAAAGAAGGUGAUGGUGGCAAUUGAUGAGAGUGAAUGCAGCUACUAUGCAUUAGAAUGGGCACUCAAGAACCUUCAUGAAUCUCUUGUCAAUUCAGAGGUGAUUGUUUUUACUGCACAGCCCAUUGCUGAUUACAGCUAUCUCUAUGCAUCUUCCAUGGGAAUGGCCCCCCCGGAACUCAUCAAAACUUUUCAAGAACAACACCAGAAAUUAGCUGAGGCCCUGCUGGCCAAAGCAAAGGACAUUUGUAACAAGCAUGGGAUUACUGCUCAGACAGUGACUGAAGUAGGGGAUCCUAAGGAAAUCAUAUGCCAAGCCGUGGAGAAAUUUAAGGUCGAAAUGCUUGUCAUGGGCACCCAUGGCAGAGGAGCUUUGCAGAGGGCCUUCUUAGGGAGUGUGAGCAACUUCUGUGUUCAUAACGCCAAGUGCCCUGUUCUGGUUGUGAGGAAGACAGACUGA